AUGUGGACUUUCCUGCUGGCCACUGUUGUCCUCCAAACCGCGACGACUGAGACCCAAGCAGGCAACAGCUUCUUUGGGCUCUCAAUCGGCAGCACCGUCAUCGCCGGCGCAAUCACUGUGGGCCCUACCUCGGGCGGCGUGUUCAAUCCAGCCGUAGGAACAGGGAUGCUGUUGGCGCACGCAUGUGAUACCCACGAUACGGAGAAGCUUCACUUCCUGUGGAUCUACUGGCUGGCGCCGCUUCUCGGCGGCUUGGUCGCGGGAAUCAUGUUCUGGUUCACCAACAGCUUGGCCGGCGCCUACAAAACUGUUCCGUGGUUGACCGAGGCGCGCGACAGGCGUGAGUUCCACGAUGAGCCGAGGCUGGAGGGAGACUCCUCAGAGCACCUCUUCUCCAUGGACGUCAAGUCGAUCGCCGACGUCUCGGCACAGAAACGCGAGGGCGGCAAGCUCAUCAAGGACAUUAUGAAGCGGGAGCGGGAGCGGUUCGAACACCUCCUUCCCAACGAAUCGACCUCUAUGAUCAACGUGUCCGAAUAG